AUGCCUGCCGCUUCCGUUGCCUCCACCCCGGUGGCCUCCAGCAAGGAGACCGCUCAGUCGGUCGCUGUCCUCGAGGACCUCUUCAAGAACCUCAACGUGACCACCACCGCCGACGAGGCCAACGCCGCCGCCGGCAACCUGGCCACUCUCUUCAGUGGUCCCAUCCCCGAGCAGACCCUCCCCGUCAAGGCCGUCGAGCUCUUCAAGAAGCAGCUCGGUAACAAGAAGGAUGCUCUCGCCCGUGAGCGUGCCUGCCAGGGUAUCCGCGCCAUCGCCUCUCACCAGACCAUCGCUCCUGGUGUCGAGCCUCACCUGGUUUCCCUGCUUGGUCCCGUCCUCGCUGCCGUCGGUGACAAGAUGGUCCCCGUCAAGGAGGCUGCCCAGUCCGCUGCCGCUGCCAUCGUGCAGGCCGUCAACCCCAACGCCGUCAAGGCCGUUGUCCCCAUCGUCCUCGAGUCUCUCCAGAACGCCCAGAAGUGGCCCGAGAAGAAGGCCGCUCUCGACUGCAUCGACACUCUCGUUGAGUCCGCCCCCGCUCAGCUCUCCUUCCAGGUCCCCAGCCUGAUCCCCGUCAUCUCCGAGGCCAUGUGGGAUACCAAGUCCGAGAUCAAGAAGGCCGCCUACUCCACCAUGGAGAAGACCUGUGCCCUGAUUGCCAACAAGGAUAUUGAGCGUUUCAUUCCUGAGCUCAUCAAGUGUAUCGCCAAGCCCGAGAACGUCCCCGAGACCGUUCACCUGCUCGGUGCCACCACUUUCGUUUCCGACGUCACUGGCCCUACCCUGGCCAUCAUGGUUCCCCUGCUGGACCGUGGUCUGGUUGAGCGUGAGACUGCCAUCAAGCGUAAGUCCGCUGUCAUUGUCGACAACAUGUGUAAGCUGGUCGAGGACCCCCAGAUCGUCGCUCCCUUCUUGCCCAAGAUGUUGCCCGCUCUGAACAAGAACCACGACACCCUGGCCGACCCCGAGGCCCGUGAGAAGACCAAGCAGGCCCUGGACACCCUCACCCGUGUCGGUGAGAUCAAGGACGGCAAAAUCCCCGAGAUCUCCACUGCUGGUGACAUCUCCACCGUCUCCGCUAUCCUCAAGGAGAUCCUCGAGGCCAAGCACAAGUCCACCAUCAAGUCCCACGAGGCCGUCAUCGACUACGUUGCCGCCAUCGCCGGUCAGCUCGUUGACGAGAAGGACAGCGACGCCACCACCUGGACACAGAACGCUCUCCCCUACAUCAUCGCCAUCGUUGGUGAGGAGUCCGAUGCCAAGCCCAUCGCUGAGGCCCUCCGCAAGAAGGCCUCCCCUGAGGCUGCUGCCAACGACGAUAUCCCCUCUGACGAGGAGGAGGGUGUUGACCUGUGCAACUGCACUUUCUCCCUGGCCUAUGGUGCCAAGAUCUUGCUUAACCAGACCCACCUGCGUCUGAAGCGUGGCCAGCGUUACGGUCUGCUCGGUCCCAACGGUUCCGGCAAGACCACCCUCAUGCGCGCCAUCAACAACGAGCAGCUUGAGGGUUUCCCCAAGAAGGAUGAGGUCAAGACCGUCUACGUCGAGCACGACCUGGACGCUGCCGAUACCGAGCUGACUGUCAUUGGCUGGACCUGCAAGAAGCUGCAGGAGGUCGGUCUCGACCUGGGUGAGGACAACGUCCGCAAGGAGCUGGUCGGCGAGUUCGGCUUCCAGCCCGAGCAGCUGGAUGGCCCCAUCACUGCCCUGUCUGGUGGUUGGAAGAUGAAGCUCGCUCUGUGCCGUGCUGUCUUCGAGAAGCCCGAUAUCCUGCUUCUGGACGAGCCCACUAACCACUUGGACGUCAAGAACGUCGAGUGGCUCGAGAACUACCUCAAGAACUCUCCUUGCACCUCCAUCAUGGUGUCCCACGACUCCCGCUUCCUGGACCACGUUAUCCAGCACGUUAUCCACUACGAGCGCUUCAAGCUCAAGCGUUACCGUGGUACCCUCUCCGACUUCGUCAAGCGCGUUCCCUCCGCUCGCUCCUACUAUGAGCUGGGCGCCUCCGACAUGGAGUUCAAGUUCCCCGAGCCUGGUUUCCUUGAGGGUGUCAAGACCAAGUCCAAGGCCAUUAUCCGUGUCAACAACAUGAUGUUCCAGUACCCCGGUACCCCCAAGCCCCAGAUUUCCGACAUCAACUUCCAGGUUUCCCUGGGCUCCCGUAUUGCCGUCAUCGGUCCUAACGGUGCCGGAAAGUCUACUCUGGUCAACGUCCUGACCGGUGAGCUGAUCCCCACCGCUGGUGAUGUCUACCAGCACGAGAACAUCCGUAUCGCCUACAUUAAGCAGCACGCUUUCGCUCACAUCGAUAACCACCUGAACUCCACUCCCUCCGAGUACAUCCAGUGGCGUUUCCAGACCGGUGAGGACCGUGAAACCAUGGACCGUGCCAACAAGAUCGUCACCGAGGACGAUGAGAAGGCCAUGGACAAGAUCUACAAGGUCGAGGGUACCCUGCGUCGUGUCGUCGGUAUCCACUCUCGCCGCAAGUUCAAGAACACCUACGAGUACGAGAUCUCUUGGGCUCUGGGUGACAACGUCGGCAUGAAGUCCGAGAAGUGGACUCCCAUGAUGUCCAACGACAACACCUGGUUGCCUCGUUCUGAGAUCAUCAUGUCCCACUCCAAGCAGGUCGCCGAGGUUGACCAGAAGGAGGCCCUCGCCUCCGGUCAGUUCCGCCCUCUGGUCCGUAAGGAGAUUGAGCAGCACUGCGCCAACUUCGGCCUGGAUGCCGAGCUGGUUUCCCACUCCCGCAUGCGCGGUCUGUCCGGUGGUCAGCGUGUCAAGGUCGUCCUCGCCGCCUGCUCGUGGCAGCGUCCCCACGUCAUCGUCCUGGAUGAGCCUACCAACUACCUGGACCGUGACUCCCUUGGUGCUCUGUCCAAGGCCCUCAAGAGCUUCGAGGGUGGUGUUAUCAUCAUCACUCACUCGCGUGAGUUCACUGAGAACCUCACCGAGGAAGUCUGGGCCGUUAACAACGGUCUCAUGACCCCCUCCGGCCACAACUGGGUCCAGGGUCAGGGCUCCGGUCCCCGUCUCGACCAGAAGGGUGAUGACGAGGAGGACAAGUUCGACGCGAUGGGUAACAAGAUCGUCGUCGAGAAGAAGAAGAAGCUUACCGGCUCUGAGCUGCGUAAGAAGAAGAAGGAGCGUGCUGCCCGCCGCAAGCGCGGUGAGGAGGUCUUCUCCGAUGAGGAUGACAUCUAA